CGACAUUCCUCUCAUCACAUCACCAACCCUUGAUCAGCCAUCGCAAUGUCAGCCGGUUUGUCAGAAGAAAGCUUGGAGGAGCAAGGGGAGAGUGCGCAGGAGAUUCUGUUUUUCCCGCCACUAUGGCAACAGCGACGAAACCUUGCUCGGCGUAUCAUUGACGAGCACCAUGCGACAUCUGUCAUUGACUUUGGAUGCGGUGAGGCUGCACUGAUGUCUUUUUUGAUCUGGGAGUCGAGCGGCGAGCAUCCGAUUACACGCCUCUCCGGGGUGGAUAUGGAUGAGAGUCGACUUACCCUCGCGACUGAUGCAUGCCAACCGCAGGAUUAUGAGCUCGGAUCGAACCUACGAGUGAACAAGUUGGCGAUCGAAAUAUACCAUGGAUCUGUCGCACAAGCAGAUAGCCGAAUGAUCGGAUUCGAUGCCCUAGCGUGUCUUGAGGUGGUGGAACAUUUGGAUCCUGACGUGCUGGAACAGUUCUGGGGCGUCGUGCUUGGUAAACUAAGGCCAAAGCUAGUCAUCGUUUCCACUCCCAAUGCAGAGUUCAACGUGUACUUUCCACAGCUCAAAUACGGCACACCCGAGGCAGUGUUCCGUAACGAUGACCAUCGAUUCGAAUGGACGCGUCAGGAAUUUGAAGAUUGGUACGGUGCUUCGCGUAUCGGUACCAAUUGUCAGCUCAAGAUAAUUAACCACGGCGAUUUUUACUGACCUAUGCCUUGAUGG